AUGUCUAAGUCAAUAGCAGUGUUUGGAGGCAAUGGCUUCCUUGGCAGGAAAAUAUGCGAAACAGGCAUCAACAAGGGCUACAAAGUCACCUCCUUUUCCCGUUCCGGUCAACCCCCGCCAGCAGUAUUACAUCAACCAUGGGUGAAACACGUCUCCUGGUCCAAAAUCGACAUUUUCCAACCGCAAGAGAUUGCAUCGCAACUAAGUGAAUUCGACGCCGUGGUGCACUCAAUAGGAAUGCUAUUCGAAGACCAAUCCUACAAGAAAAGCGCCGACUCGGGCAUAGCGAACAUCGCCAACGACUUGCGCAAGAUGGCCAAUAGCGUCAUGGGCAGCAACCCCAUGCAGAAGGAUAAACUGUGGAUGACCUACGAAGCAAUCCAGCGGGACUCAGCCGUGAACCUAGCUGACGAAUACGUUAAAGCCCGUGAGGCUUCCUUGUCCUCCGAAACAGCAUCAUCCACUGAGAAAGUCGGCACCUACAUCUACAUUUCCGCAGACCAGAACCCUCCCAUUGUGCCCCAACGAUACAUCUCCACUAAACGCGAAGCCGAGUUGGCGAUCUCGUCGAUGCCGCAUUUGCGCACCAUCAUCAUGAGACCCGGGGUGAUGUAUGACGAGCUGCACGAUUUGGGAGCUACAAAGAGAGACAUUAUCAUGAAGGGGUUGCGCUUUGCCGUGGGGGCCAAGAACGCCACCUUGGGGAAACUGUUCUUGAGCGGGUUGGUCCGGCCUGUAGUGAGCACGACCCAAGUGGCCGAGGCGUUGUUUGACAAGUUGGAGACUCCCGAGUUCAAAGGGGUGGUUUCUGUUGAUUCCAUUGAACAAGAACCAAACCCGCGGCCUUGA